AAAAAGUCAAAUAAAAAUUAGUUUCUCAAGAAAGUAGAAACUUAUUUUAUUGUAGAUAAUUUUUAUAAAUGAUUAGCCAAUGCAAUUAAUAUCUUAAAAUAAUUUUCGUUCUUUAAUUUAAUUGUACUUAAUAGAUAUUAUUUAAAAGUAUUUCAGGAUCUCGUUAUAGUCAACAAUGUCAGACGACGCAGAACAGCAGGCUGACGAAAUAGAAGUCCUCAAAUCAAUUUAUGAGGGUGAUGACAAUUUCAAACAAGUAGAUGCAACCACAUACCAAUAUAAGUAUAUUGAUGGAGAGAAAUCAUUUAUAUUAGAAAUAACAUGGGGACCUACUUACCCUACGGAAAAGCCUGGUUUCAAUUUAGAAAUAUUUUAUAAUCAAAAUCUAUUGCCGUCAGUGAAAGAGAAAAUCCUGUCCAUACUAAAUACAGAGGCCGACCAGUGGGUGGGGUGUGCUAUGACAUACACACUGUUUGAGUGCCUCAAGGAGAAGGUGUCGGAGAUAUUGGCCGAGCAAACCGAGGAGGCGAUAGUAGCACGGAUUGAGAAGAUUGCAGUUACUGAACAGACUGAAUCGAAGAAACCAGAGAAGAAGGAGCAGUUAAGCAAAUCGCAGAAGAGAAGAGCAUGGGACCGCGCGGAGGUGGGGCGAGCAGGAGAGAAGCCGCGCGGCUGGGACUGGGUGGACAUUGUGAAGCAUCUCUCGCAGGCGCCGCACGUGCCCGCGUGACACGAACUCGCACAGUAGACCAUAGACAAUUUAUAUCAAUCAUAGACAUCUUAAGGCUGGCCGCACACGAGCAAUAUUGUUGGCAAUACAUGCGUUUACAUACUAUAAAGCAGGGUAAGGUUUUCUAAACACGUCCCAAAUCAUUAUUAAAUUUUAACUGACCG